AUGACGGAAAAAGGUUUCAUUUCCCGAGAUAUUUCAGAAUCACAUGUCAUUUUCAGGUCUCACACCCACGGAUGUGAUAUUAGACCGUGUGAAAGUGAGUGCAAUGCUCCCCGUGGAAUACUCUCCGGCUCUUCCGGCUCUUUUACUGGUCAAAUGUCAUUGUUUAAUAGAAGCAAUAAGUUAUGUUGAUCACUUUGAUGAUCGGAGAACAAGUCUCAUUCUCCGACUUUUGGCUGAUUCGCUUCACGAGUAAGAGUCAAGUAUGAUGAAAUCUCAAGUUAUUCCCUAUUCAGAAAAGAGCUAACAAUUGAAUACAUCCAAUCAAUGAUAAUCGACAAUCUUUCGCAACAAAUUGAAGAAUGCUCCAAAAACGAUUCCAUAUUAAAAUUUGCUCAUACCUUCACAGAAUCCAUACUCCAACUUGACGUGGCAAUGCAAAACAACCUGGUUAUAUUCCUUGAGCAGCAUCUAAUCUCUUCUGCGGAAUUCAUAUAUUCGGAGCUUCCAUUGGAGUCAGAAGAAGUACUUCCGAAUCCAGUUUACGAGAGUCCUGGAAGAUUGGAUACGGAAGAAGCAAAGUCGUUCGCUGAGAUUUACGGGUACAUUCAAGUAUUACUGAAUUCGUUCGCAAGAUCAAAUCGGAUUGUGGAUCAACUUAACUUCACCGUGAAAUUGGUUUCAGAUGAAGCUGUAGGUUGACUAUCCCACGUUGCAGAAACUAUUUUUCUUUUUAGCGUAAGAUUCGGGUUAAUUCCAAUUACACCCUGCACCGUAUUCUUCUUUUGAUGCUCCGAAUAACUUAUCGUCAUCUGUUCAGUGUGGCACUUCGCGAAAAUGACAGAAACACGGCAAGAAUUGCGGAGAGAUACAAGAAAUUGCUCGGCGGAGAAGAUGAGGAGCACGUACUGCUUCAGGAAUGGUACUCGUCUGCAGAAGAUGAUGACGUCGAACGAGUUCAAAGCUUUCUUGACCUGAUUCAGAAUAACUAUCAUCAAGUGUGUAGUCUCAUUGACCCAGAACAUUAUCUUAUAUCUUUUAGACAUCUACUCUACCACCCUUAAACUCUACAACUCGGGAGCUCUGGUUACGAAGGAUUGUUCUGAACAGCACCACAAAUCAUAGAGACGUCCGACAGGAAAAGACUCUGGACUGGUUCAGGUCUGUCUUUCAACCUGAACACAGAGUGAGAACAGAUUUUUGGUCAUAGAAAUGUCAACGUGAACUUUUGAAGGUGUGCGACGUCGUAGUCUCCCAAAUGCUCUUCAUCAACUCGCAAUGGACAAGUCCGGGCUUCACAUUCAUCCAACCGGGAUGUUUGGCUCUCCGAUUGUCGAUUCAUCCUCACGAUCUUUGCAUCGGAUCAACAGCUUCUUCAGUCAACUUUUCGGUCUCGGCGAGGGAUAUCUUGUACAGUGCUAGGUCUAAUGGGAGCAAGAAGGAUAAUCGGCUUGAGGAUAGACUUUUCACACCGAGAAAUAAAGCGCCGGGCAGCCCUGAUCUGAUUACCAAGUACGCUAAGAAACAUCGCGAAAUGCAGAAGUACAUUUCACAAACGGCUCGGAACUUCAGUCCAUUUGAAGAGCAGAUGAGGGUGUUUUCAAGACAACAAGAUGAGCUUCAGCUCGAAUUGGAGAGAGAAAGGGAAUUCCUGAGCCGAUCUGGACAAUAUAAUGAGCCGGAAGUAAUUGAUAAAGUGUUAGAACCAUUCAAGGCAAUGAUGGAUGAAGCUCUGAAGAAGCAUAUGAACAUGGUGAACGAGAUGUUGGAGGCAGACAUCAAGAGUAGAUCGGAAGAGAAGAAUAGGUCAAUGUACAUUCGAGAAGACGAUGAAGAGUCGGAGAUAUCUGAGAUUCCAUUGAAUUACGACGAAGCUCAAGUGCCUGAGGGUACUCCAACUAUCGAGAAAUUGGAUUUGGGACUACUAUCUUCACGAACUCCGGCACCGACAAGUCCGGGACCAAAAGCCAGCAAUUCCAUUCCAAGCUAUCUCAACUUUCCUGGCUUUGAACCACAUAAUCAUGGGUUUGAAGAUCUUUCCACUGCAAAAUCAUUCACCAAUCCACUAUUUGCCAGUUUCUCAAUGAAGAGUAGCGGCAACCAGGUACCUGUCGAGUGGAUGAAGCUGCUCCCAUUGGCACCUGGAAGCGAACGGUUCACCGAUAAUUUGCUUAUGCACAAUUCUGAUGAGACAACGCCGAGAGCUCAGCAACCGAUUUCGUCUCGGAAAGUUGUGAGUGAACGUGGAGUGCAGACUGGAACGGGAGGAAGCAAGACAAAGAUCGGAGAGACUCAGACGGACAGUGUAUUUCUGGAUGACAAUGGUGCGAAGACGAAAAAGAUGGAUGUGAAGUCGAUCAGGAAUAUGAGUCAGGACGACAUUCAAAUGGUUUUGGAUAGGAUCAACAAGUGAUUGAGUGUUUGAAUAAAUAUAAUUAUGAGAAUCUUCUUUGUUUUGUAUUCCGAACAUCCUGAAAAGGCUCUUGAAGAUCACUCAAGUUGAGAGGGUCAAUCGGAACGGUUCGGAAGGAAUGCUGAUUGUUUUCGAUAAACCAGAAAGAGUUAUGUAUUAAGUUUCCCCUCAUACUUUCCCUAAUUUAAUUAAUUUUUUGACCCCCUAAAAUUUCCGUUUUUCCGCCUCGAAUCGCACGUACAGACCACCAUUAUGCGAACACUCAAGGACGAGUGCACCCCUCCAUGACGGGCGAGACACAGAUUCGCAGAUGUAUCAGAAUCAGGCUGACGCGCACUAAAACUAUUGCUGUCCGGGGUCGGGGUGUACUCUACUCGCAUAUAUCUACAUUUUCGUCAAUUGGUCUCACCGUUUCUAACCGUCAAUUCAACGCCUCGAAUUCCGGUUUCUGUUGACGUCUUUAUCACCUCUUGCAAACCAUGAAGAUCGCCCUCUAUGAAUUCGACACUUUCUUUCUUCAUUUCCUCAUUCUGUUCUGUUCCGUUUCGAGAUUUCUUUGAAAAUGCUUUUGACCACUAUGCGCUUCGGAAACCUGUAUUAUUCACAAAGAGAACACAUUAGUAGUCAAAAACACAAUUAACUUGUGAAGUAGUGAGUGUGGACUAAUACAGCUAUUGUCGUGUCGCCGCGUCUCGCCACCACAUUCUCGAUGCCCUUCUUAUAAAAACUUCGGAGAUUUUAUCGCAACUUUAGCAUCUUUCCGGGUGAAACAUUUUCUAGGCGAUGGCGGAAAGUUCAAUGCGAUUGAGUUCUUGUUAUUUUCAAUUAGACUUUGCUAUACUCGAUUGAGACGUUUUUCUGAAAGAGUUCUUCUGAAGCCCGUAAACGAUUCUGAGAAAAACUAGUAUUCUCUGCAAUCACUUCAACCUUUUCUCUCGCUACGCAUACUAUUCCGGUCACCUAUUGAUUCGGGAAACGAGGUCGUUUUCCGAAACAGCGACUAAUCUCUCCAUUUUCCCCUGUUGUUCAUCACUCUAUUAUGUGAAUCAUUCCAGUUUUUUCUUUCUUUCGCUUUGAAAACUGUUCAGAAAUCUCCAAGCAUCCAAAAAAAAUAAAACAACAUUUUGCAGUAAUGGCCAAAAGAGACGGCUGUUCCGUCCAAAACAUGGUGAGGACUGCGUGGUCUAGCACGGAAUCCGCCCUUUAUAAACUCCUAUUCAACAGGGUCACCUUAAUAUUAUUCUACGCGUUUUGGUUCAUUUUCGGCGUCCUUGUCCUCCGAAAAACCCAAAAUGCGAUUGCGGCAGUCCGCUAUGUGAAGGCGAAUAGCGAGUCGGUUUCGCUGUCUUCGCUCGAGAACUCGCGAGAGUUUGCCGAUCUCAUUUCAACUCUCAAUCAGAAGUUUUCUCGUCCACCUGCAAUUUUCCUACUCAACCAGUAUGCUCUCAACAUGACUGACAACUUCUUGUGCAACACUGCCACGUUGACGGGGGUACAUGAGCGGUUCAUUUUUGUGACUCUGGAUACAAUCUCGAGAGAUACCAUCAAGAAGAGAUGGCCUGAAAUUCAGCAGUUCCACUGGCCAACUCCUUCUCUUUAUGUAAAACUUCAAUUUGUGACUGAAGUCGUACCUCAAAAUCCUCAAUUCAGAAACCGUUCUCUUUUGCUGAAGGAGCCUAUCAAACUAUCUACUUACUGCGAUCUAAUUUAGCACUUGCGCUCAUCAAAAAGUAAGAAGUUUCAGCAAACUCUCAAUAAACCACUAUUUUUUCAGGGGAAAGUCUUUCUGGAUGAUGCAACAGGACACUUUCUGGAGGAAGAACAUCUUCGAAAUGAACUACGAAGACGACAUGUCCUACGAUGCAAUUUUCGAUCAGCUUGGCAGUGAAGAAGCAGAUUCGAUGCGCAAGGAAUGGGUGAACGGAGCCAAUUUCUUCAUUCGAGCCAACAACGACACGCAGUAUUUCUUUGAGAGAAUGUCUGAAAAACUUGCUCACUGGUACACCCCAGAUAUGGGCAUUAUGAUUCAUCAGUGCCACACAUGGGAGCGUCCAAUUUGCGCUUACAUUCCACAUAAGUGAGUGUCCAAGCUGAUUUGAAUGUCAAAUUGGAAUGACUUAAGUGUUGUGUACUCGUGGGAGUGGAUGUUCACAGAACAAAAAGAUCCUCCUUAUCUGAUGCAGUUGGAUUGCGAAACCGAUGGAGGUUCCAAACUGAUGCAAUUGGGUCGGUAUGGAUUCCACUUUGUCAAUCCAGACGGUACUUGUAAUGAUGGACAGGUAACAAAUACUUUGAAAUUGAAGUUGACGAGAAAUGAUACUUUUCAGGUCGCUACCGCUAAAGCAAAAAUGGAGAACGGCACAAUAGAAGUGAAAAUGACCAGCAAGCUGCCCUCAUGGGGAAGGAUUCAGUUCAAGGCGUACUGGUACAUUGUAGACUACAUGCUGUGGACUCCGAUUAUUGGAGAAUAUUUGAAACCGUACCUGGCUUUAGUCGGUUUCAUUCUGAUGAUCACAAUCUAG